AUGUCCGAUAUUCCGAAUCUAGCUGGAGAUGCCGUUUUGAUGAAGUCAGAUCCUGUUCCUGAGGGAUCAUUGCCAGUUUUUGGUAUUGAUUACUCCAAGCCGGAAUCUCGUAAUUCCACUGCGAGGGACUUGAUCGACGGUAUGAGAUACAUGGGUAUCCAAGCAUCCUCUGUUGCGGAAGCAUGUGAUAUCAUUGAAGAGAUGCGUGCUUGGAGGGGUAAGCAUAUUUCCGAGUUGGAAGAGCACGAAAGAAAGGGCACCUUUGACGAAGAAGGAUAUCAGAAGACCACCAUUUUCCUUGGAUAUACUUCGAAUCUAAUUUCCUCUGGUUUGAGAGACACUUUGAGGUUUUUAGUUCAACAUAAGAUGGUUGAUGCGAUUGUUGCGUCUGCCGGAGGUAUCGAGGAGGACAUUAUCAAAUGCCUUGCACCAACUUACAUGUCCGAAUUUGCAGCCAAGGGUUCUGAGUUACGUGAAAAAGGUAUGAACAGAAUUGGCAAUAUGGUUGUUCCAAACGAUAAUUAUUGUAAGUUUGAGGAAUGGAUGGUUCCAUUGUUGGAUAAGAUGCUCGAAGAACAGAACGACAAUGCAGCCAAGAACGGGAAAGAUGCACUUGAUGCGGGCACACCAUUCUGGACACCAUCUAAAUUCAUUGACAGGCUGGGUAAGGAAAUCAACAACGAAACAUCUGUUCUUUAUUGGUGUCAUAAGAACAAGAUUCCUGUUUUUUCACCAGCAUUAACUGAUGGGUCAAUUGGUGAUAUGCUUUUUUUCCACACGUUCAAGGCCAGUCCACAUCAAUUGAGAAUUGAUAUUGUUGAAGACAUCAGGAAGAUCAACACAAUGUCUAUGAAUUCUUUCAAGGCAGGUAUGAUUAUCCUUGGCGGUGGGUUGAUCAAGCACCACAUCUGCAAUGCCUGUUUGAUGCGAAACGGUGCCGACUGGGCCGUUUAUAUCAAUUCUGGUCAAGAAUUUGAUGCCUCUGAUGCUGGUGCUAGACCCGAUGAAGCUAUUUCAUGGGGGAAAAUCAAGGCAGAUGCAAGAAACGUUAAGGUCUACAGUGAGGUCAGUGUCGUUUUCCCAUUGAUUGUCUCUGCAACCUUUGCGUCUAAAUAG